AUGCUUAACUGGUUUGGUCAUCUUAUUGUUUUUCUCUUCACAUUUACCCAAUUAAAAUGUCAUCCAGAUCUUGAUCCAUUUUGGGAUAGACGUCGCUACCAAACUAUCAAUGAUAUGAUCGAUACUACCACUGAUACUACUACUACUACUAUUACUAGUAGUACUGAUACUACUAGUAGUACUGAUACUACUAGCAAUGAUUUUACUAGUAUUGAUUCUACCAGUAUUACUUCUACUAGUACUAAUCCUAGUAGCACUGAAAUUACUGCGAUGAAUAGUUAUGAUAAAGGAAGUGAAGAAAUCUCAUCUACCAAUGAAAGAAAAAAUGAUAAGAUUAGUACUGUAAAGAUUAAUGAUAAAGAUGAAAUAAUGACAACAUUAACAGGAUAUCUGAUAUCAUUAUCUCGAUAUGAAAUUAAUCAAUACGAUGAUAAAUUGGAUGAAUCAAUGAAAUCAAGAGAUUUUGAUAUUAUCAUUGUUACAUUGAUUUUCACUUUAUUUAUAUUACUUUGUAUUAUAUUUGUUUUGCUAAUUAUGCAAAAAUAA